CGUUAAACCAAUAAGGUGACGCGGAGGUUAAAGAGUAGCCGCCUCCAAACAGAUAAACAACAAAGAUGGAGUAGUGAACUAGGAACUACGCAGACACCUUUAGUACAUAUAUCUGUGGGGUUUUGUAGAUUUUUGACAGUCUAACUAAUACAGUUGAUGUAAUGCAGUAAUAUCAGACCAGGUUUAUGGUUUAUGGCCGAGAAGCUGUCUGAGGGGAAACAAGUCGGUAUCUUAGAAACGACUGAAACAACGAAGCUUUGUUGCUAGCUCGUUUUCACUCUCACCGCGUUAAGCUAUUGGACACACGAAGACAGAAAUGGAGAAGAGAAACUUCCUGAAGGGGCUUCCUGUCUACAACAAGAAUAACUUCACCAGGUUCCAUGCGGACUCUGUAUGUAAAGCAUCAAACCGUCGGCCGCCAGUGUAUCUUCCCACACGAGAGUAUCCAUCUGAACAGAUCAUUGUGACAGAGAAGACAAACAUCCUACUGCGGUAUCUACAUCAACAGUGGGAUAAAAAGAAUACAGUGAAAAAACGAGAGCAGGAACAAGCAGAAGGAGAAAACAUGGCGCCUCCACGAAAGAUGCCGCGAACAGACAGCAAGGAGCCGCAUGAGGAUUCAUAAAGUGCUGCUGAUGCUUCGCUUACAGAGACUCUCCUGUUUAAACAUGCAAUGUUGGCAGAUGUGGCAGUGAAGUAAACCGUGUUCGUUGUUUUGGACCACAGCUGUCUCAGUGGUCUUACAGUGUCAGUCCAGAUUUCCUCGUUUACUGAGCCAGAUUUUGCUCUGCAGCAACUCCUUUAAAUACCAAGCCUCCAUGUCUCUGCUGCAGAGCUGGGAGUCUUAAAAUUACCAUACUUCUACCUCCUUUGCCCUCAGUCGCAUUUUGUGUUCCUUUAACACGUGCUCCUAAACAUUCUUGUCUGUAUGCAGCAUGUGAAGUUCUGCUUGUCUGCUGCUGUUUAGGAGCUUAGAUAUGCAAUGAUUCCAUCGGUUUUGGUUCAAUCAGGUAUUUUUCACUAUUGGAUUUGGUAAUGAAAUAAGUUCAAUACUGCUGUGUUUUAUCUUUAAUGUUUUGAUUAUAUUUAGGAAAAGAUGGCAUCAUUUUCUCAGUGGUUUAUGAUGAUUAGUUGAUUCAGGGUUUUGUUAUGGAUUUUGCUACAUAAAAAGAUUUGAGUGCUGGAAGUAAUGCUUUGUUUCCUCGUGGAAAGGGAUGAUUUAUUGCCUUAAAUGAUGGUUAAUUAAUGGUAUUUUGCAUUCAAGAAAUAUAAGCCAGUGUUUAGUGAAACAGAUUUCACAUUUAAGUAAAUAUGAGGGGAUUCAGAUUGGUUCUGUAGAUUUUCAUAAGAGUUUGAUGCUCUGUGGUUUAAAACUUUAUAAGCAGGGGUGUAAAGUUUAUAUCAAGAAGAUAAAAAUAUUACUUCAGUAGGUUGUUAAUGCAUACAGCUGUGUUUAAGUUAAGUUGCAUCUAUACUACUACCUAGACUUGCUGUUAGUCCGUGCUACAAAUGUGCCAGUGAGUGGAGCUGAGCUGAGUAGGUACCAGUGAAAAGGAGGCUACUUUAAAUGGUCCCAUACAUCGAGUCAUAUUGUGGAAAAUAAGUUCUGACUGGCAUGCACACUUGUUGAUAAGCUUGUGGAUAUCUGUGCUGUGUGUAUUUUGGGGUUACAGUCCCUUAAAAACGUAUUCACAAUCCUUGGAUUUUGGCACGCUACAACAGACAUCAAUGAUUUUUAUUGGGACCUUUGGUGGUAGAGCUAAACAAAAUGGUGCAUAACUGUGGCGUCUUAGAGAAGAGAUGUGUGGUUUUCGUUUUACGAAAUCCGAAAAACGUGGUGUGGAUUGUUUUCAGUCCCCCUGAGGCAAUGCCUUGUACAACCACCAGAAAGGGUUUUGCGUCAUGUCUCUACUAGCUUUGCAUAUCUUGUAAAAUAGAUCAAACUUAGUCAUAUUGCAUGGAGAAUUUCUGUGAACAUCAUUUUUCAAGUUUUACCACUAAUUCUCAAGAUCCAGGUCUGGACUUUGACUGGGCCAUUCUAACAAAUGUAUUUGCUUUGAUUUAAACCAUUCCAAUUUGCCAGAAUUCUCCUGUAUUUAUCUCUAUUCAUCAUCACAUGGACUUUAACCAGCUUCCAUGUUCUUGUUAAAGAAAAGCAUUCCCACAGCAUGAUGGUCAUACUACUAUAUUUCAGAGUGAUAGUCUCCAGUAUUGUUGAUUGCACAACUCAUAGUUGUCUUUUUAAGAUUCUCCCACCUGAGCUUUGUAUCUUUACAGGUCCUCUAGAGUUACUAUGAGCCCGUUGGCUGCUUCUCUCAGAAAUGCUUACUUUGUGCAGCCCGAUGGUUCACCAAUGCUCUUGAACAAAUAGACAUAUUACUUAGUAUUGGUGGGCAUCACGGUGGAGCAGUUGGUAGCACUGUUGCCUUGCAGCAAGAAGGUCCUGGGUUCAAUUCCUGGCCAGGAGGGUCUUUCUGCAUGGAGUUUGCAUGUUGCAUGUUCCUCCCACAGUCCAAAGACAUGCCUGUUAGGUUAAUUGGUCUCUCUAAAUUGCCCUUAGGUGUAUGAAUGAGUGUGUGCUUGGUUGUUUGUGUGUUGCCCUGCUAUGAACUAGUGACCUGUCAAGGGUGUACCCCCACCUCUUGCCUGUAGACUGCUGGAGAUAGUCACCAGCUUCCCUGCCACCCACUAUGGAAGAAAUGGUAGAAAAUGACUGAUUGACAGUAUUGGUCAGUCAGUCAUAAAAUCCCAUUAAAAUAUAUUUGUAGUUUUAAUGUGACAAAAGUAAAGGGGUGUGAAUACAUUUGCAAGCAGUUUUACCUUGUUUCUUGGUCUCCUUGAGUAAUGUUAUUUCAUUUGUUAACAUAAACAUGUUCUGAAAAGAGAAACUUUGCACCUUUAAAACAUUUCUUUCCAUA